AUGUCUCCAUCGUUUCAGUCUGAACCACCCAAGACUACACACUACCGUGUGUCAUUCCCCGAACCCCAUAUCAUGUUAGUCACCAUAGAUCGUGAGAAACAACGAAACUCCCUACCCUCCUACGCGCACUGGGAAGCACAUGAGCUCUUCACCUGGUUCGACCAUGAGCCAUCUUUACUUGUCGCCGUUGUCACCGGGGCCGGGAACAAGGCCUUCUGUGCAGGGCAGGACCUCCAAGAACAAAACAAAAAACGAGGGAAUGAGAAAACGGCAUCUCAAAAGGCUCUACUUACCCAUCCCCCGACAGGGUUCAUGGGACUAAGUCAGAGGAAAGGUGUGAAGCCCGUCCUGGCAGCCGUGAAUGGGUUUGCUUUGGGUGGAGGGUUUGAAAUUUGUCUCAAUUGUGACGUGGUCGUUGCAUCCUCAACGGCAGAGUUUGGGCUUCCAGAGGCUCAGGUCGGCUUGUUUGCGGCAGCUGGCGGUUUGCCCCGGUUGGUUCGAACAUGUGGUAUGCAAGUAGCCACGGAGCUCGCUUUGACGUGCAGAAGGAUCUCUGCGCAGGAAGCUCUGAGUCUACGAUUGAUUAAUAGGAUCUCUAAGACUCCUGAGUCACUUGUAGAAGAGUGCCUGGCGAUUGCAUCCCGGAUUGUGCAGUUGUCUCCCGACGCGAUCUUGGCGACGCGACAGGGGCUCAGGGCAGCUUGGGACAAUCCAAGUGUACAGCAUGCAACAUCGCAAAUCCGUGAGAUGUAUGCUGAUCGGGUGGUUAAAGGGGAGAAUUUUAAAAUUGGCGUGGAGGCAUUUGUAAAGAAGACUAAGCCACAAUGGGUGAUGCCUAAGAUUUAA